CAGCACUUAUAUAAAUACCUGCUUUCCCUUUCUUCUUCUUCUUCUUCUUCUUCUUCACUCAUUUCUUACCAUUGUCCAAUUUUAGAAGAACAAGCAAACUGAACAAUUUGAUUCAGUUUCCAUGGCGCUAAUCAUAAGCUUAGCGAGAGUCAAACUCUGUUCUCUGAUAUAUUUCGCCGCUGCUUCUCUCUUCGCCAUUGUUAGGGCUGAAGAUCCUUACAGGUUCUUUGACUGGAAUGUCACUUAUGGUGACAUUUACCCGCUCGGUGUUCGCCAACAGGGAAUCCUUAUCAAUGGAAAAUUUCCAGGACCAGAUAUUCAUUCGGUUACUAAUGACAAUCUCAUUAUCAAUGUUUACAAUAGCUUGGACGAGCCUUUUCUCCUUUCUUGGGAAUUUGUUGUAAUUUAUUUGCUCUUGAAAAGCAAUAAAAAUGAGGAUAAAGAGUGGCAUUUUUGAGAAAAAAGAAAUGAAAAGCUAGCAUUUUUUAAGACCACCAGCCCGGCCCAACGCCUGGGCCAGCCAUCAACACUUCCGCAUGCAUCUCCUUCCCAGCCACCAUGGGCCUGCUCUCCUCACCAGCCCAGCAAAGCCCCAGUAAGCAGCUUCUCCAGCUCCAGCCCAAUCAUUCCACCAAUUCGUGAGCGUGCCUCUAGCCGAAGCCCGCACGCCAGCACCUCACCAUGCCAGCCAUCUCCUUCACCCAGUCGCCUGCCACAACCCACCAAGCCCCUUUUGUGUUUAUU